AUGACGGAGUCGCGAGGACCAUCACCAGCGAGAGCGACACCGAACAGUGCCGAGCUUGUGGCCGCCCCGUAUAAUCGUCGGUCGCUGCUGUUAGUGUUUUUUGUGGAUUUACUUUGCCUUCCGGAGAUAUGCUGGCCGCGAUGCUUGCCUGGCGCGGUGCAGCCUGUGCCACUGCCAGUGGUGCAGUUGGAGACGAACACAAAUCUGGAUGUGCCCCCACUGAAUGCAUGGUCGUUUGGGCGUUCGGGGACUACAGGAAGCAAAAGCAGUGGAGGCCAAGGAGCCGAUGCGAUGGCAGCCACUUCAGGCUCGUUUGGCGAAAAUACCGGUAGAAAGCAUUGGCGCUCAAGUGGGUUGUUCAAGGAUUGUUUCGAAAGGUUUGCAUUGAGUUUUGCUGCUGUUCAGGGUUAA